AUGGCCGCACACCAUGAUAUCGGCACUAUGAUCGCCAUUGGUAUCCUCGCCUCUAGUUUCGUCGUCGGGGGGCCGGACCUGGAGGCCCAGGCGAUGCAGUUCCGCCUGGAGGCGAUCAUUGCCGAGCAGAACCGGAGCCCCGGACGCACCGAGCAUUUGCCAGUUUUCGCUGGUCCGACCGAGAGCCCUCUGUACUACCACUCAUAA